AUGAACCAACCCGCCUCCCCACCCCCACAAUCAACGCGCCCCGCCGGCCUAACCUGCUCCCCACAAUCAACGCGCCCCGCCAGCCUAACCUGCUUUCCCACUGUCCCCAAGCACCUGCGGCUCAACCUCGCCCUGCCGGACCAACCUGCCUCCCCACCGUCCCCGUGCACCACCGACCCAACCCGACACCCCACUUCCCCCAACCCAACCCGCCUCCCCAUCGUCCGUGCCCUUUUGCCUCAAUCUGCCUUCCCCCUGUCCCCGUACCCCAACCCGCCUCCUCACCGUCUACGCUCCCUGAUGGCCCAACCCACCUCCCCACGGUCCCCGCUCCCCUGUAGCCCAACCUGCCUUCACACUCGGCCCAACCCGGCUCCCUACCGCCCCACUCCCCUACGGCCAGACCUGCCUCCCCACCAUCCUCGCUCCUUGCCUCCCCACUGUUCCUGCGCCCAGGCGGCCCAACCCACCUCCCCCUGUCUUUGCACCCUGGCGGCCCAACCCACCUCCCCACCGUCCUGCGCCCCACGGGCCCAACCCGUCUCCCCAAUGUCCCUGCUCCGCCCCGGCCCAGCAUGUCUCCCGACCGUCCCCGCUCCCCUGCCUCCCAACCCGCCUCUCCACUGUCCCCACUCCCUGGCUUCCCAAACAACCUCCCCACCAUCCCCGCCCCCUAGGGCACCAACCCGCCACCCCACCAUCCCAUCCCCGCCCGGCGCCCUAACCUGCCUCCCCUCUCUCCCAUGGCCCAAUCCGCCUCCUCACCAUCCUCAGUCACCGACGGCCCAACACGCCUCCCCACUGUCCCUGCUCCCCAGCAGCCCUACCUGCCUCCCACACCCUCCCUGCUCCCCGGCGGAGACCCAACCCGGCCUCCCCACAUCCUCGCGUCCCAGUGCCCCAACAUGCCUCCCCACCAUACUCGCGCCCCGGUGCCCCAACACGCGCGCCUCUCUCCACUGUCCCCACAGCCUGUUGGCCCAACCCACCUCCCCACUGUCCCUAAGCACCUGCGACCCAACCGCGCACUACUGGACCUACUCCCCUCGCCACCGUCACUGCUGCCUGCCGGCACAACCCACCCGCCUUCCCAUCGUCCCUAAGCACCUGCGGCCCAACUGCACCCUGAUAGACCAACCCGCCCCCCAUCCACCAUCCCCGCACACCCGCCAGCCCAAACCUGCCUCCCCACCGUCCCCCAGCACCUGUGGCCCAACCGCGCCCUGCCGGACCAACCCGACUCCCCACCGUCCCCACGCCCCACCGGCCCAACACGACUCCCCACUGUCCCCGCGCCCUGGCAGUCCAACCCGCCUCCCCACCAUCCCACCCCAGAUGUGA